GGCUGCUAGCAGGGGAGAGGACUGAGUGCGGCUCGGACUGUGUACGGCAGCACACGGCGGUGACGUGAGGAGCUCUCACCGUACCCAAGGCAGGCAUUGGCACCUAGACUGCAUGCUGCUGGGUAGAAAUUACGGAAUCAGAGAAAGCUUUGGAUUAAAAAUCCUAGCUCUGUCUAGACCUUCCGCUAGACCAGGUGGCUCCUAGCACUGCCCUGCUUGAUGAUGAACAGUUCCAGGGCUGGGGCAGCCGCAGCUUCUCUGGGCAGCCUGUGCCAGGGCGUCCUACUUGUUGCCUGAAAGAAAGGCCGGAAAUAAUUCCCCACAGACUGAUUAGGAAUUUGCUUACUGCAGUGCUGGUGGUGAGAAGGAUAUCUCCGCCUAACUCACCCACCUUUGCCGAGUGCUGGGGUAUAUUUAUACAGAGGAAAAUGGCUCAAACUAUAGCACGAGCAACAUCCCUCCAUGUUGAGGAAUCCUUGGAAAGCAGAAUGGUGGUUACAUUCCUCAUGUCAGGACUUGAGUCAAUGUGUAAAGAACUUGCCAAGUCCAAGGCAGAAAUUGCCUGUAUUGGUGUAUAUGAAAAAAAUGUUUUUGUAGUCGGAACUGAGAGAGGAAAAGCCUUUGUCAACUCGAGGGAAGAGAUUAAGACAGAAUUUAUUGAAUACUGUGUUACAGAAGAGGACAGGAUUGCAAAACUGCAGAAAAAGAGGGCUACACCACCUGUGAACAGACAGACGGUGGACGCUGUGGACCUGGAGGCUCUUAGAAAGUCUGUGGACGACUUUUUCUGCUUUUGCUAUGGUAAAGCUUUAGGAAAGUCAUCAAUGGUUCCUGUGCCAUACGAAGAGAUUCAGAAGAACCAGUCUGUUGUGAUAGUGCAGGGCCUGCCCAAAGGACUCACACUUCAACAUCCAUCAAAUUAUGAUGUUUCCACCCUGAAAUGGAUUUUGGAAAACAAAUCAGAGAUCUCAUUUAGUAUCAACAGACCUUUCCUUGAACCAGUGAAAUGCAUAGGAGCUGAUAUGACAGAUCCUUCACAUCCAGUUAUACCUCCAUGUGGAAGUAGUCCUCCUGUUCAAGUGAAAACAGAACCAAACAAGGAUUCAGGAAUUCCUUCCAAAAUGUCAACAAUAGCAAUGAAGCAGGAAACCGAUGAUCCUAAUUACUAUCAAUUUGGUGCUUCAGCAGGCCCUUCCAAAACAUCAGAGAUAGAGGAAGAAAUUGCUCCUGUAAAAAGUUACACAGAUUCGUCCCAGCAGCAUGGCAUGUCAGAAUUCAGAAUGGAUACUGAGCCAGAAAUCACUAGUGAUGAUGAUGUAGAUGAUGAUGAUGAUGAUGAUGACUAUCCACCCCCUGAAAAGAGACGGAAAAUCUCUGAGCUGGAAAAUCAAGCUUCCAAUAUUGUGGGAAGAACUGCAGAAGAGUUCAGUUUUGAUCCCCCCCAACAUGAGUUGUCAGGACCAAGUGAGAAACCUGAAGUUGAGGUCACGCUUGAAGAUGAUGACGAUGACUACCCCCCCCUAGACAAGAGACAGAAGAGCACGAAGUCGGCUAAUGAAGCUGCCAGUACUCAAAGAAGAGAAGGAAAAGAAUUCAGUUCUGAUUCUUCCCAGCACGACUCGUCAGAAUCAAGUUCGGAUUCUGAGCCCGAAAUCACUACUGAAGAUGAUGAUGAUGAUGAGUACGUGCCUCCUAGCAGGAGACCGAGGAGCAGGCGGUCUAAUCGCGCUUCCAACACUGGGAGAAGGAAAGGAAAACACUCUAGUUCCGAUUCCUCCCAGCAUUACUUCUCAGGAAUAAGUGAGACGCCUGGGCUUGAGGUCACUGUUCAAGCUGAUAAUGAUGAUGACGAUGACAACCUACCCCAGGACAUGACAAUAAAUAUGACCUAUUCUGCUAAUGAAGCUGACAAUAGUGGGGGAAGAAAAGUAGAUGCAUUCAGUUCUGAUUCCUCCCAGCAUGAGUUGUCAGAACCAGGUGUGAAACCUGAAGUUGAGGUCACCCUUGAAGAUUCCUCCCAGCAUGAGUUGUCAGAACCAGGUGUGAAACCUGAAGUUGAGGUCACCCUUGAAGCUGAUGAUGGUGAUGACAACCUACCUCCUGACAAGAAGCUGAAGAAAAUUGAGUCUGGUAGUGAAGCUGCCAAUACUGGAAGAAGAACAGAAGUGUGCAGUUCCGAUUCCUCCCUGCAUGACUUCUCAGUGAUAGGAGACAGACCUGAGCUUGAAGUCACUGUUGAAGCUGCUGAUCAUGAUGAUGAUGACAACCUAUCACAUGACAUGAGACUGAAUAGCUCCAAGUCAUUUAUUGAGGCUGACAAAAAUGGGGGAAGAAAAACAGAAGAGUUCAAUUUUGAUUCUUCCCUGCAUGACGUCUCAGAGACAAGUAAUAGACCUGAGCUUGAAGUCAUUGUUGAAGCUGAUGAUGAUGAUGAAGAUGACUACCUACCCCUUGAUAUGUCAGUGAAGAACAUCGAGUCUGCUAGUGAAGCUGACCAUACUGGGAGAAGGAAAGCACGUGAAUUCAAUUCUGAUACUUCCCAGCAUGAGUGGUCAGAAGGAAGUGAGAAUUCUGAGGAUGAUUUUAGUAGUGGAGAUGACGUUGACUACCUGCCCUCUGAGAAGAGACGGAGGAGAACCAGGUCGGGUAGUGGAGCUUUCAAUACUGCGAGAAGGAGAGGAAGACAGUUCAAUUUUGACAAAUGGAAUAUGCGGAUUUCAGACUUGAGAACUGAAGUUGAACAGGUGUUUGCAGAGAAGUACGCUGAAGCUAUAAAAGCAGAAGGCCCAGUGACUAUCCCAUAUGGACUUUUCCAGUCACAUUCAGAAGAUUUGUAUGUGGAAGGGCUGCCAGAAGGGAUUCCCUUCCGGCGUCCCACCACCUACGGCAUUCCCCGGCUGGAGAGGAUACUUCUAGCGAGGGACCAGAUCCAGUUUGUCAUUAAAAAGCCUGAACUUCUGAAUUUGAAAGAUGUUCCAGUGGACAAGACAGCUUCAGGAGUCUCAAAUCCAGCAAGAGAGGAGUGGUAUGCCAGAAUCACCAGACUGAGAAAGACAGUAGAUCAACUUUUCUGUAAAAGUUAUGGCAAGGCUUUGGGGAGUAGUGAGCCAAAAGCUGUUCCAUACAAGAUAUUUGAAGCUCAUCCAACUGACCUCUAUGUUGAGGGGCUGCCAGAGAAAGUUGCCUUUAGGAGUCCCUCCUGGUAUGGAGUCACGUGCCUUGAAAAAAUAAUUGAAGCGGGCAACAGAAUAAAAUUUGUGAUCAAAAGGCCAGAGCUUCUACAUAAUGCUUCAAACAAAGUUACUCAGCCCAGAUCAAACAGUCAAGGGAAAGAUGAUUGGAAUUGCAAGAUCACAAAGCUAAGAAACGAUGUAGAAGAUCUAUUUAGUAAGAAGUUUGGCGAAGCUCUGGGCCUUUCAGAGUCAGUGAAAGUUCCCUACUCUGUAUUUGAAUCAAACCCCGAUGCCUUGGUCGUUGAAGGCUUGCCAGAAGGAGUUCCCUUCCGAAGUCCCACCUGGUUUGGAAUUCCACGCCUUGAAAGAAUCACACGUGCGAGCCAAAAAAUCAAAUUUGUUAUUAAGAAGCUUGACCUUGUCAUUUCCCACUUGCCUCUAAGGGUGGCUAAUAAAUUAAAGACAAAAGCAUCUAGUCCAAGGAGUUCCAGAAGGUCACGAAGUUCUUCAGAGAAUUCAAGUAUCCCAGAGAUUGAAGUUACUGUUAAUGACAGUCCUGAAAAAGCACAAACAACAAAUUCUCAAAACAAUGGCUCCAAUAAUAAAAAUGUGAACCAACAACAGGGAAGAGGAGGAUUUUCUUUUGAGUUGUGGAGUUCAAAAAUCGCUAAUUUAAAGAAGCAAGUUGAAAAUCUUUUUAAUGAAAAAUGUGGGGAAGCACUUGGACUCAAUGGGCCAAUGAGGGUGCCAUAUGGACUGUUUGAAUCCUUCCCAGAGGUUUUCCAAGUGGAAGGACUACCUGAGGGAGUGCCCUUCCGCCAACCUUCAACUUUUGGGAUUCCAAGACUAGAGAAGAUCCUGAGAAAUAGAUCCAAAAUAAAAUUUAUUAUUAAAAAGCCUGAGAUGCUUGAGGAAGCUGUCAAAGAAAGUUCUGGUAAAAGCUCCAAAAGAAAAAAUAAUUCCUCCAGUAAUGCCAGUACAGCAAGGACCACAAAAAACACAGCAGUGAACAAAACUACAGGUGUUGAAAACCUAAACAUCAUUCAAGUAACCAUACCAGGUGAUGAAAGUGAGCGACUGCCGAAGGUAGAAAAUGCCAGACAAUUGAGAGAGCAAGUAAACGAUCUUUUUAGCCAGAAAUUUGGUGAAGCCACUGGUAUGAAUUUUCCUGUAAAAGUUCCAUACAGAAAAAUCACUAACAACCCUGGCUGUGUGUUGGUGGAUGGAAUGCCUCCAGGUGUGGCAUUUAAAGCACCCAGUUAUCUGGAAAUCAGCUCAAUGAAGAAGAUUCUGGAAUCAGCAGAGUCGAUCAAGUUUACUGUCGUUAGACCAUUUCCAGGACUUGUGAUUAACAAUCACCUGCUGGAAGAAGCUGAAGCAGAAGCACCAGCACCGUCAACAGCACCAGCAGCAGCCACAGCACUACCAGAGCCAGGUGAACCAAGCCAUAUAGAAGUAUCUGUAGGAGAUAACACAGAAACAGAUUUCAAAUAAAGCAAAUCCAGACCUGACAUCAUAAACCUCAUCAAUACUGGUCAGAAGCUUCCCAUUCUGAGAAGAGCCUGCUGGGCCUGUGUAUUAUAACUGUAUAAGAGAAGUAUCUUCUAUACAAACCCUUUUAUACUAUUAGAUAGAAAUGUCUACUUUUUCAGCAGUUCUGUGAAUUGACCUAAACAAAGAAUGACUGCAGAUUUGGAAUGUCUGAUUUUCCUUUGGAAUAUAUUUUAAGGACUAAAAUACAUUGAUGCAGCAGUGCUGGGGAGAUGCCAGGGAUUAAAAUCAGCAGGGACUUAGUUGAGACUGUCUACAUUUUCCAAUAAAGCUGAAUUUCACUGUACCUGAAUGCAUCCUAGCUUUUGUAAUGAAAAAUUCCUGCAAAGAGUUGCAUUUGUUUACUUUGGAGGAAAAAACCCUCCACAUUUGUUUUCAGCUAUUAAUUUAAUGGGUCAUUGGACAAUAGUAUCUGUAUAUUUGAGCUAAUUUUUCCUGUUAUAUCUAUUACAAUUUAUAUGUUUUUCCUAAAAUAAAGCAUAAACUGUUUCACUGGAUGAUUAGUGUGCAUUAAUGAGAUGGCUGUGAAAUGGUCAGUAUUCCAGUGGGGAUUAGAAACCAACUGAAAUUAAACCCCAUCAUAGUUUGUGCUGUACAGUUCUGGCUAUAUUGAUAAUCUCUAAAAAUGCAGAUUAUUCAUAAAGGUUUCUCUUUUACUGGUGUGAAUUGGAGAUGAUUGCAUUAUGCACAAAUGGUAAAUCAUAUUCCCUGGUGAAGAAAUAAAGACCUUUCUGAUGUUUUUCAUGACUUUGUAUACAUGCAGUAUACUGUUAUGUCUUUUACAACAAAUCAAGUCCUGGCAGUAAUUCUGCAGGCAGGUGGAACAUGCUGCAGCAUGGUUAUUUCCUG